GUUUCAGACUGGCGGAAGGCACCAAAUGAGCUGCGCUGGUGGACUGAGCUGACCGCUGCAGAGCAAUGAGCCCUGGAAAGAAGGGCAGAGUCCGGCCCUGGCCCAGAGCUCUACCUGGCUGGUGGAUUCUCCUUGGCUGCAUAACAGUCUCAGGGGCUGUGAAGGUCUCUGUGGUGGCUGAUAGCAUCCAGGUUGUACAGGGAGGAAGUGCCCUCUUGCCGUGCUCUUUCCGCACCACAGCACCCUUGAACCACCUUAAUAUCAUAUGGACCAUCAUUCCAUCUGCGGACCCCAACCGCCCUCAGCAGGUCCUUGCCUACGAGCAAGGCGAGGUGGUGGAGAGCAUCUCCCACUACACAGGCCGGGUGGGCUUUGCUUUCUCGCCCACCAAGAGCGCCACCAUCAUCCUGAACGACACACGGAGCUCGGACAGCGGCAGGUACCAGUGCAGUGUGAUGAACCCGCCAGAUGCUGCCACGCCCAACAUCGGAGUCAUCCAGCUCACUGUGUUUGUGCCUCCCUCUCGUCCCAGGUGCUCCAGCGAGGGCGACGGCGAGGAGGGCGGAAGCCUCCAGUUCUCAUGCACUGUGGAUGAAGGGAUGCCCACCCCCACGUUCACCUGGGAGAAGAUCCCACCGGAUGCGCAACCUCUGAUGAUAAGCUAUGAAGAUGGCAAACGUGCCCUCCUGACCUUGCAAAACCUGACGACGCAGGCCUCGGGCCUUUACCGCUGCACAGCCUCCAACAUGCUGGGCUCCACCUCCUGCGUCCUGGAGCUGCGUGUUCACGUCACCUCACAUGGCACCACCUCCCGCGCAGUGGGGAUCAGCCUCAUGCUCACAAUGGGCCUGGUGCUCAUGACGCUCUUUGUACUGGUGUUGUGGCUGCACCAUCAGAGUGUGGAGAAGCAGAGAGAGCUGGAACAGGACAAUGCACGGAAAAAGCACAGAACGGACAGCUUCACAUUGGGGCGCCUGAUAGUUGUCAAGAGUCCUUCUGGAGCCAACCCUGCGGCCAGCCCCAUCACCAAGCCCCUCUGGAUCUUCACCAGCUCCACUCCCAACACCACCUAUGCCCAUCGUGAAUGGAGGCCCGAGCAGGGGAACCUCAGCCAGGCCACACUGCCAGGCGGCCCACGACAACCCUGGGGGAGAUGGAGAAGCAACAGCGUCUCUGAGGAGCAGGGGUCUUCAUCCGGAAGCGAGGAAGGGAAACAGCCAGGUCCUUUCCCAAAACCCAGAGGAUUCCUGGUCUAGGAACAGCCACAACGGAUGACCCUCUGCAUGGAUAAACUCCACCUGAGCAAAGGGACAGAACUUUAGGGGCGGGGAUUGGAAAUUGCCCUGGGGAGAGCCCUGCCCCAGAUAAUCUGACAAGUUUGGGGCUAUGUGUGGUUUCUGUGGUUUAAUAACAAUCAUCA